UCAGUGGGCUGGCGCCGGGCAGAAUUAAUCGAUCGCACUCGAAUAAUUCGGUGUGUGUGAACUUAUACUUCAGAAGCACCUAUAGAUUAUUGUUGAGAACGUUGGAUAAAAAAACGCACUCAAACGACCAGUUAACUUCGGUCGUUCGUGCCGUGAAGAACUAAAAAACAGCUUUUGUGUCAUCGUACGCAUGACGCAUGUCAAACUUUCGCGCUCAGAAUUUGAAUCGUAGCAACAUGUCAUGGCAUAUUAUAACGGUUCGAACGAAUUCUAUCGACGAUCGUUUUUUGAUAACGACGUACGCAACAAUUAUUGUUCGCGAGAACUACAAUAAUAUUAUCGUUAUUUAUCACACUACAUAACGAGUGCGACGAGCACAGGACAGAUUUAAGUUUGAUUCGUUCCGACACGGCCGGUGAACUUAGCGUACCAUUCCGUUUUGUCAGGACUGCGGGCAAAUGAGCGGUUUGGACGAGGCGGAUCGUUCGAAGGACAUGAAGAAAUACGCGGUGAAGGUUUUCCAGGAAUGCGUGAGAGCGGUGUCGCCCAGGACGAUCGUCAGGAACGCGGUGAGAUUCGACUCGAGCAACCUGUACGUGAACGGAGCGGCGUACCGCGUGCCGGGCGACGUUUACGCCAUCGGUUUCGGCAAAGCGGUGCUGGACAUGGCCCUGGAGGUGGAGAGCGCGCUGGGCGACCGUCUCAAGGAGGCCGUGGUCAGCGUGCCGGUCGGCACCCGUCGGCCGCCGCCGUCGUCGUCCAGGGUGUGCGUCCUGGAGGCGGCCACGAACAACGCGCCCGACGCGCGGUCCGUGGCCAACACCGAGCGCAUGGUGGCCGGCACGGCGUCCCGGCUGGCCGCCGGCGACCUGCUCGUCGUGCUCGUGUCGGGCGGCGGUUCGGCGCUGCUGUGCUCGCCGACCGUGCCGCUCCCGGACAAGGUCCUGGCCACCCGGCUGCUGUCCGCGGCCGGCGCGUCCAUCGAACAGCUGAACGCCGUGCGCAAGGCGCUGUCCCGGGUCAAGGGCGGCCGGCUGAUCGAGUGGGUGCGGCCCGACUGUCCGGUGGUUGCGCUCGUCCUGUCCGACGUGGUGGGCGACCCGCUGACGGCCAUCGCCAGCGGGCCGACCGUGCCCAACGACGAUCCGGACGGGCUGCCCCUGGAGAUCGUCGACCGCUUCGGGUUGCGCGACGCCAUGCCCGCGACCGUGGUCGAAGCUCUGCUCGGUAACGAGUCGUUCGCCGGUGGCGGCGCGCUGUUCGACAGGGUGCACAAUCACGUGAUCGGUAACAACGCGGUGGCGCUCGCGGCGGGCGUCCGGUACGCCGGCCGAGACUUCAAAACGGUACUGCUGACCGACCGACUCUGCGGCGACGUCGCGCUGGUGUCCGCCUUCUAUGCGGAUCUCGUGGAGUACGUGUGCCACUUGUACGCUGACGGGCCGGCGGCCGACGACGUCGAACGCAAAAGUCGACUGAAGACGGCGUCGACGUCGAUAGUCGGCGGCGGCGGCGUGGACGUCGAGAACCUCGCCCGGAGCGCGGUCAAAGCGUCGUCCGAAGGCCGGGGCCUGUGCGUGCUGAGCGGCGGCGAGCCCACGGUCGUGGUCCGGGGCGCCGGCCUGGGCGGCAGGAACCAGGAGCUGGCGCUCAGGGUGGCCGUGGACUUGGCCCGGCUGCGGCGGCGGCCGGACGUCCGGUUCGACGUGAUGUUCUUCAGCGGCGGCACGGACGGCAUUGACGGCCCGACGGACGCGUGCGGCGCCUUCGGUUACCCGGCGCUGGUGGACGCGGCGCUGUCCCGCGGGAUGGACCCGUCCCGGUACGUGGACGACAACGACAGCUACGGAUUUUACUCGUCGCUGGACGCCGACGGUGGCGAUCUGCUGAAAAUCGGUCACACCGGCACGAACGUGAUGGACGUGCACGUUUUGAUCGUCCAGCCCAAACGACGAUGAUCGUUGAUGGCAGCAGAUUUUGCUUUUUUUGUUUUUUUUUUAUGUCGACAAAUAUUGUUAUAAUAGGAUGAUUUUUUUUUUU